AUGGAUUUGGCAUGGCCAGAAUGUACGACACGGUGUCGCUCUCUGCAGCAUGCUUUGGAUGUGAUCUCGGUAGUGACCCGAGGAAGCGGGAAACAAAUCAAGGCUUUCCUUUCCUUUUACUGCUGCAAUGCCACUACGUUAAAGGAUGAAUACGGACGCAAUGCUCUUCACAUUGCCGCAUCAUGUGGAAAGAAAGAAGUGUUGGAUUGGUUGGUAUCAAAAGGUGUAGACUUGUUGGUCAAAGACAAAGAAUCUGGGUGGACAGCAUUGCACAGAAGUAUCUUUUAUGGGCACAUUGAUUGUGCAUUGUCCCUCCUAAAGCAUGGCAGUAAUCCGCUCGUUCAGGAUAAAGAUGGAUUUUCUGCCUUGGAUCUUGUAAUGAAAGACCGUCCUUCCUUUGUUGUUUUUCAAAACAGUGAUCCCACUGAAGUUUACACUUGGGGAAAUAAUAUUAAUUUCACUUUGGGGCAUGGAAGCCAACAAAGUAAACAUCAUCCUGAACUAGUGGACAUGUUUCCUCGCUCAGGCAUAUAUAUCAAACAGGUGGUACUUUGCAAGUUUCACUCAGUAUUCCUGUCUCAGAAAGGGCAGGUUUACACUUGUGGCCAUGGUCAGGGAGGUCGUCUUGGUCAUGGCGAUGAACUCACAUGUCUGGUACCGAGAUUGGUGGAAGGUCUGACUGGUCACCCUUGUAGCCAGGUGGCUGCUGCCAAGGACCAUACAGUAGUAUUGACAGAGGAUGGAUAUGUCUACACAUUUGGCUUAAACACUUUUCAUCAACUAGGCAUAUUACCUCCCCUUUCAAGUUGUAAUACACCCAGACAGGUUCAAGCCAAAACUUUGAAAGGCAAAUCUGUCAUAGGGGUGACAGCUGGAAGGUUUCACACUGUCCUGUGGAGUAAAGAUGCAGUGUAUACAAUGGGACUAAAUGGAGGUCAAUUAGGAUACCUGGUGGACCCUAAUGGAGAAAAGCUUGUCAGCUGUCCUAGACAAGUCUCUGCACUUCAUCAUAAAGACAUUAGCAUAUCUCUUGUGGCUGCUAGUGAUGGAGCUACAGUCUGUGUUACUGAAAAAGGAGAUAUAUACCUUCUUACAGAGUACCAGUGCAAGAAACUAGCAUCAAAGCAACUAAACUUAAAAAAGGUCCUAGUUUCUGGAGGAUAUUUGGAUCAAAAAGCAGAUACGCAGCAUCUCAAAGAAAAUGGUGGGCAGUCUGUUAGUUUUCUUGCCUUGGAUCAAGCUGGAAGAGUUUUUUGCUGGAAGUCUUCCAGCAGUUCAUUGAAGCAAUGCCGUUGGGUUUAUGGCCGCCAGGUGUUUAUGUCUGAUUUUGCCCUUAACAAGAAUGAAAUGCUGUUUGUCACCCAGGAAGGCGAAGGGUUUACUGGAAAGUGGAUGUGUGAAAAGAAAAUCUACAUGGAUCCCUCUAUAACAGACCCCAUUCACAGUGAUCCCAACAGUGUUUAUGAAAGAAUUUCUCUUCAGAAGCUUCCCUUUGUUCACAGGGCUGUUAGUGUAACAUCAGAUCCUAAUGGAUGCAACUUUGCUGUGUUACAGUCUGAUCCAAAAACAAGCCUUUUUGAAGUCCCUGUGGUGUCUUCCUCAAUUUUUGCUGAAGAUUUCGAUAAGCUGCUUAAAGAAGUAGAUGAGAUGGACAACAUUCAUGAUGUGACUUUUUUGCUGGGUUCCCAGACAUUUCCUGCACACAAGUACAUUUUGGCCUUGAAAUGUGACUACUUCCGCAAGCUGUUUUUUUCUGGGGACAGCAACCAAGCUGACUUUCUAGAGCUCUACCAUAAUGGAGAGGAUUCAGCAGGAUGUGAUCUGUUUGUCCUUGAGAAAGUCCCUCCAGCGCUUUUCACCUACAUCCUGCAGUUUGUCUACACUGACACAUGUGAUAUGUUGAUCCACGGUCACAAACCCAGAUUUAUCCUCAAAGAAAAUAUAGAACUAAAUCAAGAUACCAUCAUUUCAGAUUUCCAGAAGAUUUGUUUUCACGAGGAUGUUAAAAGCAAGUCUGCCUAUGAGGUGUACAAGAACAGCCAGAUCUGUACAGACAGUGACAAGAAGAAGGGCAAAACAAAGCCGUCCAAAAAAAGUAAAUAUGUUAGUGAAGAAAAUAGCCCUGUUAAAAUGCUGCAAAAUCUAGCCAAGAAGUUUGGCCUCAGCAAUCUGAGUUCAAGGCUGGAUGGCGUUCGAUAUGAAAAUGGAGCAAUCAGUGUUGUAAACAAGAAAAGUGGGAACAAGCAGAGAUUCAACCAAAAGAAAUUCACCUCUUUGUGUGAUGUAACAAUGCGAUCAGAAGAUGGAAAAGAAUUUAAGUGCCAUAAAUGUGUUCUAUGUGCAAGACUUGAAUACUUUCACUCCAUGCUUGGCAGCUCUUGGAUUGAGGCAUCCUGCUGUACAGCUCUAGAAAUGCCUGUCCACUCAGAUGUGUUACAGGUUAUUAUUGAUUAUAUCUACACUGAUGAAGCUCCUACAGUAAAAGAGUCUGCAAAUGUGGAAUUUAUUUGUAAUGUCCUAGUAAUGGCAGAUCAGCUACUUAUCAUUCGACUGAAGGAGAUGUGUGAGGUCACACUUACUGAAAGACUUACCCUGAAGAAUGCGGCGGAGUUGUUGGAGUUUGCUGCUUUGUACAAUGCUGAUCAGCUGAAGCUUUCUUGUUUCCAGUUCAUAGGAUUGAAUGUAGCGGCUUUAUUGGAAGCAAGGUCAUUGGAUGUUUUGAGUGAUGAUGUCCUGACAGACCUGGCAGACUCUUAUAGAAAAAUGAUUCCUGCCAUGGACAAGAGAUUUAUUACGCCAUAUUUGGAUGGUCCUGACAUAAGCACUUUAGAGACAGAAGAUAGUGAAAGUUUCAUGUCCAUCAGAGAAGACAGUUUUUCUGAACAAUCCUCCUCAGAAACACUUCUCAAAAAGGCUAAAACUAAAGCCAAAAAGAAGCCAAGGAAACGUUCGGACAGUUCUGGAGGAUACAAUCUUUCUGACAUUAUUCAAAGCCCACCUUCAACAGGACUAUUCAAGUCAGAGAAAAACAAUUCUGUUGAGUCACUACAGGACUUGCUGACUUCAGAUUCUGAAGGAAGCUUUGCAGGUGCAAGUAGCCCAAGAGAAUUGCAGUCACCUGACUUUACUGCCGCAUUUAGUCCUGAGUCAAAAAAUAAAGUUUGGAAUAUUAGCACCAGCAUCUCACCACCUCAAGUAAGCGGGUCAGCUGCUAAAAGUGUGCCAAAACUCAAAGCUUCCUCUCCUAAGAUGAUUCCAAACAGCAAGCCUGCUCCUACCACUUCUCCAAAUUGGGUCACUGUGUCUUUCAGUCCCAUCAGUCCUCCUGCUAUAGAUCUCAGAAGAAUCAUGGAGAUAGAAGAAAAUAAUCAAAAAUGUGGAGCUACACCAAAAUUAAGUACAGGGGUACAAAAGUCUACCAUUCAUGGUACAAAGCUGUCUCAGAAGCAGCGGAAAAUGAUGGCAAUGUCUUCUAAAGAGAUUGGCAGCACAGAAAGUACAGUUAACAGUGCAGCCCUUACAAAUAGCAAGAGUGCACCAAAAACAUGGGCCUCGUCUGUACAAUCUGCAAGAGAACACAAAUCAUUCCGUGACCUCCUUCUUGAAGAGCAAAAAAACUGUCAUCUCUCAAAACUCACUGGGCAAUGCUGGCAAAAAAAACUUCCAGCAGGAGGAAAUGGACCCUCGCAGAUUGCCAAGGAGACCCCCUGAACCUGUGACCCAGGAAUCCAAGCUGAAAUGUGAUGUGCCACAGCAAGACAGCUCAAACCCAUGGCUUUCAUCGGUAAGCAAAAACAAAUCAUCAGUUGUUCCUGUCACUUUCACUGACAUUGUGGAAGAGGAAAAGCAACAGGAAGCUGCUCUUAUAAGGAGUCGGGAGAAGCCUUUGGCACUUAUCCAGAUUGAAGAACGUGCAAUUCAGGAUCUUUUGAUACAUUACCAGGCUAUAGAUAACCCAGAGGAGUAUAUAAUGAUUGAACGCUCACCACAAGGGCCAAUAGCAGCUCCAAUGUGGAACAAGCAUUAA